AUGGGAAGUGAGAGUAAGAACAAGGGAGCUUCAAAUUUGGGAGGAGGAGGAGGAUUUAGGGCAAAGAUGGAGCACUAUGUCUACAGUGGCGAAAAGAAGCACGUUUUUGCUGGGAUCGGGAUCAUCACCAUCAUCUUCGGAAUCCCUUGGUAUCUAAUGAAUCAAGGAUCUAAGCAUCGGUCACACCAAGACUACAUGGAAAAAGCAGAUAAAGCUCGGAAAUCACGUCUCUCAUCAUCAUCUUCAGCUUCAUCCUCUGACAAGUAG